CGUUGCAACAAAAAAUCUACCCUGAAAACAUUUUAUAGUUUUAUAUAAUAUAAGAAUCAUUGAUUACAUCUUUCAGCCGCUAUAAAUUGCAGUAAAUAAAACAGGAAUAGGAGUAUUUCUUCACUACCUGCCUAAGUAAAACAAUUUAUUUUUAACGUAUAUGAAAUACACUAUGUUCACUUUUUAUGUCUCAGGUCGAGGUGUUUUUGCGAAAAAAUUGAUCAGAAAUGGAAAAUUCCUUGCGGAAUACCAUGGCGUUUUAUCCAAAGCUGACGACGUGAAAGACAAAGAUACAAACUACUCAUAUUUCUUUGACUUUAAUGGUGUCAAGUACUGGUAUGUAAAAUAUUUCAACCUUUAAAUGAUACAAGCCUUUAAAUUCAAGCUACAAAAUUGGAUAUCAAACGCAAAGGCGGAUCUGUGUCUGUUUUAGAAUAAGCAUUGAUGCCUCAGAGGAACCAAAACUGUAUCAACCAUCGUUAGGACGGCUAGUAAAUCAUGCAGACAAAAAACAACAGAGAAAUUCAAGAAUAACAGUCAUUGGUGUGAAUGGGGUUCCUCAUCUUAUACUGUUUGCGACUAGAUUUGACUUGUAAUGAAAACUGCGACGGUGAGCCAGUUCAGUCUCCUGUAGAACGCAGAGCGUGUGAAUACCAAAGGAAGGUCUGUAGUUCGAUUGGUCAUGAGAACAACAACAGUGGUGUAACAUCGGCUUCCAAACGCAAAGCAGAAUUUCCAGUACAAACAGGCAAAAGGAUCAAGGUCGUUUCUUGGACAGAGGAGCAGUUAGCGGUCAUGCAAAGGUCAUUCGCCAAAAAUCUCCGCUGCUUAAGAGUUCCUAACAAGGAAGAAUGCGAACAAGCAAGGAAAAAUGGGAGCCUGUUGCUUUCUCGUGACUGGAAGAACAUCAUAUUCCGUGCCCAUCAUGAAAUACAAAGAUUAAAGAAAAAAUGAAGUCAGUUUGAAAAAAAAAGUUAACAGAAAAAGAAACAUCCGUUAAACUUGCAAAGAAAUCUAACAGACAUACAUUUUCAAAAUGUAAAAAUGUUUAUGUGUGUUUUUUUACAUAAAGUCCCAGACACUCGUUCAUGUAAAGUAUUGUUUUUGCUGGAUGUUCAUGUUAAGAGGUCAUGAUAUAUCGACAAAUUACUAUCACGGGUUCGUUCAUGAAAAAAAUAAUAAAUUGACUGAAAUAAAAGUAUUGUUGUUCUUCUACUGAGGUUGUCGUUCUUAAUGAAAGCUAAAGAUUUAUCCAUUCGUCUAAGUUAUACCUCCCAAACAAUUCAUUCUUGCAGAAUUUGUACAGAACUUUUGUUUAAGUAUUAGUCCAUUAUCAUUCAUUUACAUUUAUUUACGAUAAACACGUGUUCGCGGUCCGAAUACAUCUAUUCAUCCUUUGCACUGUGUUUGUUUUCAGAAAUUGUGAUAGAAAU